AUGCCGUCGUCAUCCGUCACACUAUCGCUCCCUGCCUCGAGCGACGAGUCCGUCUUCAGCUCGGUUUCGAGCUUCUUCUCGUCGCUCUUGCCUGUCGCUCACGCCGAAGAGGAAUCUUCUGAUGACGAGUCCGAUGAGAAGGAGUCCGAAGCAGAGGACGAUGAGGAGGAAGAAGAGGACGAGGAUGAGGACGAGCCCGAAGACCCUGCGCCUGCCAUCUAUGAGGAGUGCGAGAAGUCCAAAAGCUGUGCUCCUCUCAAGCACCACUUUGACGAGUGCUCCAAGCGUGUCGAGGAGGGCAAGGGUUUCGAGGGCGAAAACUGCAUCGAGGAGUUCUUCCACCUUGCUCACUGCGCACAAGAGUGCACCGCACCCAAGCUUUUCGCCAAGCUCGUCUAA